UUUUCAAAACAAACCAGGGCUGAUCACGUGCACUGGCGAGGAACUUGUACUCAUGAAAAUUCAUUUCAUUUUAUGCUCCUUCAUGGUUGUGCUACGUCAUAUAUCAGUGGCGCUCGGCGCCGCGAUUGCCGCGGUUGGAACUGCGCUUUUCCUCGCGCUCAAUCUAUUCUACAAGAGAAGAAUAUGGACACCAGAGGCAAAAUACUGCACGAUUAAAGAGGAGCAGGUGGAGCGCAGUGAGAAGCAGGUGCUUGUUCUUGGGUUGGACGGCGCUGGUAAAAGCAGUGUUCUGCAGGGUCUGAGCGGAGCGAGGAGGUGCUGCCGACCCACGCGCGGCUUUAACUUCGUCAGCCUACACACACCUGCAUGCCAGCUGGAUUUUCUGGAAAUUGGAGGCGGUGAGGACUUGCGAUCCUACUGGAUGGAUUACCUAACUAGAACGCACGUCUUAGUGUACGUGGUGGACUCCUCUGAUAGAGCUCGACUUCCUCGGGCCAAAGAUGAGCUCCAUCGAUUGCUUAAAGCAGACAUUGGUCUUCCAGUGGUGGUGCUUGGAAACAAGCAGGACAAAGCUAAUGCAUGUAGCAUCCCGGAGCUGCGUGAAGCUCUUUCUCUCAGCGCUGUAGAUGAUCAGAGGAAGGUUUUCUUGCUGGCUGCUCAGCAGGGCUCUGAUGGACUGAACAGAACCUGUGGUCUUCAGGAUAUGCUUCUGACAUUGGUCUGAGGGGUUGACAUCACAUCACAUAUUCAGUGGGUUGUCAUCAUACAAUAAGCUACCGCCAGGACAUUCAAUUUCACAAACACAUCACGGGCACUGUGACAAGGACGUUGUUUCUGGUCGUGUGCCUGAUGGCUUGUCAAUAAUAAGUAUUAAAAAUGAACAAGUGCUUGGCUUUCACUACAAAUUUGAGGAAUAACAUUCAUGCAUUUUUAUGUAAAGCGACUUUUGCAUUCAAGGCACAUUUUCAGUACAGUAUGUGUGUUCCCUGGGGAUCGAACCUAUGACAUUAACACUGAUAAUGCAAUGCUUUACUAACUGAGCUGAACUUUACAUACAGGGAGAAAAAAUAUAUGAUGCUUGUACAGAGAUAA